AAUUGUCGUUUGACUCUUCAAUUGAACGGCACGCCGAGAUCUUUAUCAAAUUCUCCUCUCUUCAGUUCUUUGGGUUUUUAUUUUUCAAAAAAAAAAUUCCAUCACAACUCCAAAUUUAGUUUGGGAAUUUUUUUUUCGGUUUGGUCAUUGGGAUAUCAUAUCAUAACAAAAUUAAUUAAAAAAAAAAGAAUAAAUUUGUUUAAAAUCGGUUCGUGGAAGAAACGGAAAUUUUUUGGUGACUUUUUCAAAUUUACCCGGAAAAAAUUGUGAAAAAAAAGAAAAUAUCAAACAUUUGACUUGAAUUGUGGGAUUUAUGGCAGCAACAAGGGAUUUGAGAUCCUUCGAUCAUCUACUCUUUCGUUCGGUCAGGCUCAUUUAAUCAAUUGUGAUUUUUGACCGAAAUCUUGUGAAAUUGGUUCGGUAAACAGUUGAAGAGAGAAAAAAAACAUCGAAAAACAAACUGUAAACUACUAAGAACAUUUGUGUAUCUUUUUAAGAGACUCGAACAAACAAACAAAUCAAAAAAGACAAAAUCAAACCAAAGAUAUUUCAAUUUGAAACCAAAAAAAUCAAACAAAAAGGCAUCAACAAAGCAAAACAGGCAAAGAAUUGAUCUGUGCUAACUCCAACAGGCAUUUUCAUACUGCUCUUGUCUCCACCAACGGAACACAAAAACCGACAAGAUGCAAGUACAACAGAAACAAUUUACGGGCUUGGUAGCCGAUCUGAUGCCGAACAUUAAGCUGAUGCGAUUCUUAGGCCAUUUUCUUCACAAACUCUCCAACGGACCAAGCUUUCUCAACACACUCUACUCAUUUAUGCAUCUGAUUUUGAUGUUACUGCAAUUCGUUUGCAUCAUCGUCAAUUUGGCACUGAACACCAGCGAGGUCAAUGAAUUAACGGCAAACACUGUAACGGCACUUCACUUUAUGCACACGAUCACGAAAUUCAGCUACUUGGCCAUGAACAACAAGAACUUUUAUCGUACGUUCAACAUUUGGAAUCAAUCGAACUCUCAUCCGUUGUUCGCCGAAUCCGAUGCUCGUUACCAUAGCAUUGCCUUGGCCAAAAUGCGCAAAAACUUCUACAUGAUUACCACCUUGACCAUGGCCACCGUAACAGCAUGGACUGUCAUCACUUUCUUCGGCGAGAGUGUAAAGGGUGUUUUCGAUAAGGAGACCAACGAAACCUACUACGUUGAAGUUCCACGUUUACCAAUCAAAUCGUACUAUCCAUGGAAUGCAAUGAGCGGCAUCCCCUACAUCGGAACGUUCAUUUUCCAGGUUUACUACUUGACCUUCUCCAUGUUGGCCUGCAAUCUCACCGAUGUCCUCUUCUGCUCAUGGUUGUGUUUCGCUUGCGAACAAUUGUGCCACUUGAAGGGCAUCUUGAAACCAUUGAUGGAAUUGUCCGCCUCAUUGGAUACCUACCGCCCAAAUUCGGCCGCUCUUUUCCGUUCGUUGUCUGCUAACUCAAAAUCUGAAUUGGUCAACAAUGACGAACUCGAUCAAGAGGAAAAUGGCAACGUUUUCGUACCGAAAGCUGAAUGGGGCGGCACCUUCAAAGUUCCACCAAACUUGGCUAAUCCGAAUGGCCUGAGCAAGAAGCAGGAGAUUAUGGUUCGCAGUGCAAUCAAGUACUGGGUCGAACGUCAUAAGCACGUUGUACGACUUGUAUCGGCCAUCGGUGACACAUAUGGCGCUGCUCUUCUAUUGCACAUGUUGACAUCAACCAUUUGCCUUACUCUCUUGGCCUAUCAAGCAACGAAAAUCGAUGGCGUCAACGUCUAUGCUCUAUCCACAAUCGGAUAUUUGGUUUAUGCACUUGGACAAGUAUUCCAUUUUUGCAUUUUCGGUAAUCGUUUGAUUGAAGAGAGUUCAUCGGUCAUGGAAGCGGCUUACUGUUGCCACUGGUACGAUGGUUCGGAGGAAGCAAAGACUUUCGUACAGAUUGUCUGCCAACAAUGUCAAAAGGCUAUGACCAUUUCGGGUGCGAAAUUCUUCACCGUUUCUCUGGAUCUGUUCGCUUCGGUGCUCGGUGCUGUUGUGACCUACUUCAUGGUGUUGGUGCAACUCAAAUAAGCAUCUUCAUCGACGGAAGCAACACCGCCAAAAACAAAACACACCCACCCACCCACUUCUGGGCACGAUUUUCAACAACAGAAAAUUCAGACAUACUCAAUUUUUCUUAAUCCAGUACAAUAUUACACAUCAACGCGCGCGCAUAGAUUCACAUUCGCGCCUAUUUAUAAACACAGAUAUUUAUAUUACAAAAAUAUUAUUAUCAUUAUAACUUUUUUUGACGAAAUACUUUUAAUCAAUUUAAAUGAACGCACUUGAUACCCAAUGAAAUACAACAUUUGUGUAGGUUUUUCUUUGCUCAAAAGCCCAAUGCUGGUGAUUAUCUCACCAAAUAAUAGACGAAUAUAAAAUUCAAUUAAUACUAUAAUAUAUUUUACAGAAUAAACAUAGCCCAAAAUAUUGCCACCCAUAUGAUUGGAUGACAUUCGCACAUUUGACUCUACACGCUUUGUAUAUACGAAGCGUUUCUAUAACACACAAAAGCAACAGUCCACAGAGCGGAGCACUGCAAAUGUACUUGAACAUUGUAAACCGUAGACUGUGGACUAUCUUCUGUAGAUAUGCUUAGUACAGCAUAGAGCAGAAUAAAGCGAAUACGAAGCACGUAGAGUCAAAUAUCGAUUUAGUUUAAGGAUAUUUUCAAUUCAAAUGUGCACACAUUUUCUUUGUGCAUUAUUAUGGUAUGAGGCCAACACGAAGAUUUUAUUAAUUUCACUUUACAGACUAUGAUAGUUAGUUGGUCACACUGCUCAACAUGUAUGAGUGACUGUUGUCAUAUUACCAACUUAUAUAUAUUAUGGAGCAAUAAAUUUGGUUCACAUGAAUUUAAGCAGAUCAAUUUUAUCAGGAAUAUUUUCGAUACGUUAACCAUACUAUGAAUAUUAAUCGUGCAAUACAAUAUUAUAAUUAUAACAAGUGAAAUGACUCUACAAAACAAUUAACAAUAAAAUAAACCAAAAAGCAAUUUAUAUACGCACUCUGAAUGGAUUGUGCACAAUGCCAAUAUAUAUUUUCAUGUAAUAUUCUGAGAAAAGUUUUACCUAAUUUAUUAUAUAAGUAUUGAUUGAUAGGAAUAAUUUUUUGGUCGCAAUUGAUGCAUCAGUGAUUCUUAUCGUUGGCCAAUUUGAUAAAAUUUUCUUCAUUUGGAUUUUCUGGUACAAAGUACCUGUAUUUGCAGCGGCUAUCAAUAACAAUCACCGUUGUAUCGCAAUAGGCGGGGGAUGUCAAUCACAUAAACCAAAUCUAUUUUUAGAGUUUGAAAUGAUUUAUCUUGUACAAUUUGAAUAAAUAUUCAUCAAACACGGUUGUUAUAAAAAGUAACUAAUAGUAUUUAGUUAUUGAGAUGCUCAACACAAACUGUAACAUGUCUGACGGUUCAGCAGACAGUUUAGAUUGAGCCAAUACUUAGACUAUUUUAUGAUAGAUUUAAUCAAAUUUAUUUACUUGAUAUUAUUUUUAAUGAAUUAUUUAAUUUUCUUUUGACACUCAAAUGUUUGUGUAAAAUUGGAAUGAGUAACGAACGGUCAGUCGAUAUACGUAUAUACGGUUGAACUGUGAAGUGUUUUUUUUAAAUACUGAUGAAUGAUUUAUGCAACUCAAUAAAUUUUUUUAAAUAAUAACAAAAAAAAUUAGAAAAAUUAAAAAAAAAACAGAACAAUUCCGAACAAUCCACACAUUUUGUCACAAUAGACAUCAGGUAAAAAAAAACAGUAAACAAUUUUUAGCCAAUAGGGUGUGGUACUUGAAAAACGAGAUACCAAUUUUUCAAAUAGUUUCAAUAUUUAAUGCGGCACAGACCGUUAAUGACUCUUAUUCAAAUACACCUAUAAUAAACCGACAACACCACUGAUACAAGCAAACCAACAAAAAAUAAUUUAAUCGAUUCGCUGUAAAUAUGUCGUUUUUAAUUUGAAAUUAAUGCCAAUGGUACUGAUCAGUAUCAGUUCUUUUUUUGUUUAUCAAAGGGCUAGCAACGUUUAGAAUGCAGCCGUAUAUUCGGUGCAUUUCGAAUAUGAUCAAUUUUACUAUUACACAUAUUUUUUACGCUAAUAUUUUCUUUGAUGAUUUUCACCAUUGAAACGAUGACUUUUCUCGGUUAACAUUUUGGUUGAAAUACGCUAAAUGUGAACAUUUCAAAAUUUUAACAAAAAAAAUUCAUUAAUUACCACACAGAUUUUCCGCAAUUCAGUUGAAUAUUAUGAAUCAAAACCCUUUGCAAUUAAUUUAAUGAGCUUAAAAUAUUUCAUUUUCGAUGAAAAAUGACUUGUUGUUCUGCACUGAAAGCCAAUGACUAAAAUUAAAGCACUUCUAUGAAUAAAUAAACGGCAAAAAAAUGAAUAAAUGAAUGAACGGCACGAUGCCGUCAGCAUCACGAUAACAAGAGCAAAAAAAUUGUUGAAAAAGCAACAUUAAAAGCAGUAUUUUAUCAAUUUUAUUAAUCACCUAUUUGAUGCUUUAAUAUUAAUUUUAUUGAUGGUUUUGCUUUUUUGUUCCCACGGGGGAAAUAUACGCUUAAAUUUUUAUGCUAGAGAUUUAACACGAAAAAUCAACAGGAACAAAAUACAAAAAAAAGUGUGUGAGGUUACAAUUACUAUCGAUAAAUGAUGACUACUUUAUUAAAUUUAAUUUGGGAGAGUGAGAUACGUACCUUUAAACAGUACACAUUUUUACAUCUAGUUCCUACUUUAUGAACAUUUUUUAAUUAUUAAAUUGUUGUUCUAUAGAGAAAAAAUUUAUAUUUUGAUAAAUGGGAUGGUGCACGAAAAAUAUAUAUCAAUAUUUGCCUUAAACAGAGAGCAAAAAGCAAUUAAACAUAUCAACUAAUAUAUGAAUAAUAAUAUCAGAGAUAUGGUAAUUUAUAUGCGAAAGUAUGCCUUUACAACAGUGGCCUAUAGAAUAUAAUGAAGUUAACCAAAUUAACCACAACUAAAAUGCAUAUGGAUAAAAUCGAACAAUAACAAAAAACACACACUUUAUGUGAAAGUAGAAUUAUAUGGAGGGAAAAAAUUAAUAUUUGAAUUGCAUUGGUAAAUAUUCUCUAUUAGAAAAAAGUAUAUGAAAAACGUUGACUUCAACAUAUUUUCCCUUUUUGCGCGUGGCCAUGCAGCUAUUUUUUGCUGAACUCACAAAUAGUUUAUAACAUGAAUAAUGAAAUAAGCACAAUUUGAUGAAAAAAUCACUAUGAACAAAAAUCUAUUGAAGACUAACCGCGUGUCCAAGUGCUCAACUGAUGCUGAUUAUGUGCGAACCAAGCGAUUUUUUUUUGCUCCUCUAGUUGAAAGGGGAUUUUCAUUUGUUUUUUGCUCGAUUGGAAUCGAUUGGCCCGUUAUCACGUAUGCUAUCACAAGCUGCCUUUGAAUUGUGAAGAGUGAAACAAAACUCUGCCAAAAUUACUAAAAACUACCAAAAAAAUGCCAUUAAUAGUAAUGAAAUGCAUUUAUGCACAUGGACACGCGGGUAAAAAUCACCAAAAAUGAAAUCGAAAAAAAAAAUUAAACACAAAUGAAUUUGAUGGAAACAUGGAAUGAUUAUUGUGGUAAUUUCUCAAAUGAUGUGGUUUUACAUAAUACGGAAAUUAGUUGGAAUGUGCGAAAAUGAAUGGCAUGAGAGUAACAUUUUAUUGUUGAUUACAUGGAACGAAUGAAGUGAUCAAACGUGCUGAGCACGAUGGACAAUGGCCGAUGCUGUUGUGCGCCAGGUACGCAACAUUUUGAUUUGAGCGGAUAAACAUUAAUGAGCUUGGCAUUGUUCGGAUGUUUAAUAGAGUUAGCAAAUUAGAAGGCUAUAAACAGUAAUGCAGCAACUUAUAUUUUACAACGCAAAGAAGCAACUUUAAUUCGGUGGGUGAGUUUGAAAGGAGAUAGUAAAUAUCAAUUUUUUCAACUUGAAAAAACUUGUUUGGAAAACAAGUGGAGGCAGGAGUGUAUUUCUAAUCCGCGUUUUUUUCGAAAUGACAAUAAAUAAUGAAUUGGUACAAUUCCAAGAAUUGACGGUUUUUUUUCAAAAUAUAAGCAUUAAUUGAUAGGAAUAAUUUUUUUAUCGAUAAUGAAGUCGCGAUCGAUACAACAAUGAUUAUUGUCGUUGGCCAAUUUGAUAAAAUUUUGUUCAUUUGGAUUUUUUUUGGUACAUUUUCUAUAUCCGAAAUGGCUAGCGACAACAAUCACCAAAGCAUCACAAUUGAUGGUGGUCAAAUCACAUAAACAAAACCCAUUUCACUUUACCGAAGAUAAUAUUUCUAUAUCCGUUGAACGAAAAUAAUUCAGUUUAACAUUGGUUGACCACUCAUAAGUAGUAUAAAAAUGCCGAAAAAUACUACUCUCAUAAUGAAUACUCUCUCCUUUUGCCAAAUCAAAUUCAGUCGAACAUACUCUUCUCUCAAACUCACCCAUUAAAGAAAAUGUGAAGAAAACGAUUUGAAAAAGAAAAUUAUAUCACAAUCCAAUAGACGCGGUAUUAUUUUCGAUUCAAUUUAAUUUGAUUUUAAAGUUUAGUGCCCUACAACAACAUGAUUGGUUCGUUUUUCAACUAAAGUUGGAUUUUGAUCUCUUUUUGAUUUUUGCGAUUAUGUUUAUUUCUUCUUUUUCUGAGAAAAAAUGCUAGCAGUUUCAUUUAUAUUACAAAUAUUGUAUUUCCAUUUGCUGGAAUUAGACUUAUUACACAUGCGCAUUGUACCGAAAUGGAUUAUAAUUUUGACGAAAUUUCAAAUAAAGUGAUAUUUAAACAAA